AUGCUGCACAUUACGCUGCUCUCGGGUGAGGAUUUGACAAGUAUUCCUUGCGCGGAGCUGAGCGAUGUCAAGACAUUGAAGCAGCGAUUGCAUCACCAGCAUGGCCUCCCACCACGCUUCAGGCAAAGGCUAUUACGCGAGGGCAGCAUCUUAGAUGAUGCCUUCGAGUUGGACGCCCCGAUGGAUCUGCAAGUUUUGACUUUGCCUUUCUCUGAGGCAUCUGAAACACAGGAUCGGCUAUACGAAGCGUCCCGUUGUGGUCCUGCAGCCGAGGUGGAAAAUCUGCUGCAGGUGCCAGCGGAUCCGGAUACGGUGGUUGUCGACUUCGAUAUGCUUCCGGGCUCACCACUGAUGAGCGCAUCUUCGGCAGGAAGACUUGAUGUGGUACAGCUGCUCGUGGAGGCCAAAGCUCAGGUAGACUUGACGGACAGUUCUGGCGGGACAGCGCUGAUCUAUGCUUCCAUCAACGGUCAUGCUGGAGUCCUGCAGUUUCUGAUGGAAUCCGGUGCGCAGGUGGGCUUGAGCGACCGCCAUGGCUGGACAUCAUUGAUGCAUGCGGCGGUCAACGGCCAUGCUGAAGUCGUAGAGUUCCUCCUGGAGGCCGGUGCUGAGCUGGAUCUAUGCGACCAGGAAAGCAGCGGUGCCGUGAUGACAGCAGCCAAUCGCGGACAUGCUCGAGUCCUGCAGUUGCUCUCGGAGGCAUGUUCUCAGAAGGAUGACUAUAGCGGCCGUACCGCCUUGGUGUUGGCGACAUCUCGGCGAUUACUGGAGGAGCGCACUUCCCAGAAGAAGUCAUCUAAAAAGUGA